AUGACAGUGCAAUGUGCGCAGCGGAGGCGCCUUCUCCCCGCUUUUCGGGACCCGGGAGACGCGCUCGGCCCACUGCCGACCACUUGCUCCCAUCUGCUAAGAAGCGCUGCCCGCCAAAGUGACACGAGUGGCCGAGGUCCGGCCCCGGGCCGGCCGGGCGCACCGCCCCCACCACCCGUGGCCGCCCCCCAGCCUCGCGGCCUCGGGGCCCGCAGGGAGGGCGGGUCUGCUCCGCCUGCGCCCGGACGCGGCUCCGCGAGGCUGGGGGGCCGCCCGAGUCUCUCUUGUCCUUAUGGGAAAAGAGCCCUGAAAUACUGUAUCGUUUUUUCUUUUCUAGAAGUCACAUCAUCCUCAAAGCCUCAUCCGCCUGUUGUGGGCAAAGUGACUCAUCACAGCAUUGAGUUAUACUGGGAUCUGGAGAAGAAAGCAAAGCGGCCGGGGCCCCAGGAGCAGUGGUUCAGGUUUUCUAUCGAAGAAGAGGACCCCAAACUGCACACUUAUGGUAUCAUUUAUACGGGCUACGCGACCAAGCACGUGGUGGAAGGCCUGGAACCGCGGACCCUGUACCGAUUCCGGCUCAAGGUCACCAGCCCCUCCGGAGAGCAUGCCUACAGCCCGGUGGUCUCCGUAUCCACGACCCGAGAACCCAUAAGUAGCGAACACUUGCACAGAGCUGUCAACGUGAACGAUGAAGAUCUGUUGGUGCACAUUCUGCAAGGAGGCAACGUGAAGGUUGAUGUUCCCAAUAAAUUUGGCUUUACCGCCCUGAUGGUCGCUGCCCAGAGAGGAUACACCAGGCUUGUGAAAAUCCUCGUUUCUCAUGGCACAGAUGUGAAUUUGCAGAAUGGAAGUGGCAAGGACAGUCUGAUGCUUGCAUGCUACGCGGGACACCUGGAUGUUGUGAAAUAUCUCCGAAGACACGGUGCUUCCUGGGACACCAGAGACCUGGGAGGCUGCACAGCUCUGCACUGGGCUGCAGACGGAGGCCACUGCAACGUGAUCGAGUGGAUGAUAGGCGACGGCUGUGAGGUGGACGUCGUGGAUGCUGGUUCCAGGUGGACCCCACUCAUGAGAGUCUCUGCAGUCUCUGGGAACCAGGAGGUUGCCUCUCUGCUGAUUGACGCAGGUGCAGAUGUGAAUGUGAAGGACAAAGACGGGAAGACCCCUCUCAUGGUGGCCGUGCUGAAUAACCACGAAGAAUUAGUCCAGUUACUUCUUGACAGAGGGGCAGAUGCAAGUGUGAAAAAUGAGUUUGGCAAAGGCAUCCUCGAGAUGGCCAGAGUUUUCGACAGACAGAAUGUCCUCUCCCUAUUAGAAGAAAGGAAAAGAAAGCAAAUGCCAAAGAAGUCAUCUAUUCGCUGA